AAGCGAUAACUUCAGAGACUCGGUGAGAAAGUUCGUGAUCGGGACGAGGAGCAUAGAGCUGGCUUCUGAUCUGCCGUGAGCCCGUGCUCGAAGCGAGGAUAACGGAACGCAGCGGGACCACGGAGAAGAAAAGGAGUGUCGGCUCCGCGAAGAGGGAUUUUUAGAGACUGUCUCCACCUGCCUUGUGAGCAGACCGCGUCAGUUGGGAGUUGCUUGCUAGCGCGGCUAGUUAGCCUCGUCUACAGUUACCCUCCCCCCAUCCUUCAAGGUUUGCCUGCCUCCUCUCCACCAACUGAUCCCCUGGCAUCGUCACCCCCUCGUCUCCAUCUCUCCUUCUCCAUCAUCAGGGAAGUCACUCCACCACACCUUCUCCAUCAUCAGGGAAGUCAACCACAUGAGCUCCAACCCCGGGCAACUUGGUACCAUUAGUGUCACGUAUAGGAGUGAAUUCAGUAAUUUACACAUAUGGAAAUAUUGUAUUUAUGAUUGUUUAUGUGAUGUAAUAAAUUUACACUGUUCAUUGUUUUAUCCCUUUGCCCUUCCCAGUCAUUUUAGUGAGUGUCCACAGUAUCUUUUUUAUGUCCAUAGUGGGACGCCUGCGGUAGURGCUAGCGGCCUAACUUUAUUAGUUUAUUUGUACAGUUGGGUUUAGGGGGCUUUAGUGUGCCGCCAUACAUACAGUAUAGGUUUGUAGCCCUCCGCUACAAUUUGGUCCUUCGAGCCGGAUAUAUAAGGCUAGCACCGCCGCAAUGGCUAGUAGUGGACACUCUGUAGGAGAUAGCAACCCUCCCCAUCCAGAACGCCCCAGACGUGACAGACUACUCCCUAGACAUUUCGAUGAUUAUGACGUUGAGUUACCCCCCAGAUUGGUUGCAGAACCGCUGCAUAGCCGUAGCAUGAGCAGCCUCGCUUCAGCUCAGACCAGCCGCAUGUUGGACCUGUCUGUUAGUCAUAGCUUAGGGGACAUAGCUAAGCUAGAUGCCGCUCGCCUUACACUCUUCAGUAAGCCGCRUAGGUCUGACGUUGACUACACUGACAAAACCCACAGAGGGCAUGACAGAGGCAGGACACAGUCACGUCCAGACAGCCCCAGCUUAGUACACCCCUCAACGUCAGGGCGAAAUGACAACAACGAGCUACUGGAGCUACUUAAACAGCAGAUGGUAGCUAUGGAAAGGGCUGCACAACGCCAAGCAACAGCAUGGUCAGAAAGGGAGCAGCUACAGUCUGAGAGAGAGGCCCAACGUGAGCGCCUACAAGCCGAACGAGAACGGCUCCAAGUUGAGCUGCAGUUACAGAGAGAGCAGAUGCAAGCUCAGACCAUAGCAGAGCUAGCUAAACAACAAGCCGAGCGAGAGCGCAUGCAGGCCGAGACCUCUUUACAGUCUAUCCAGCUACUGACCGAAGCCCUCCAGAACCGGUCCGCCAGGCCCUCCGCCCAAUCCUCCAGGAGGACCUCACGCCGAGGGUCAAGACAACAUUCCCCAGAACAAAGAGGCUCCGGGAGACGCAACGAACAGGAUCCAUUACUUGGCAUCAAGGAGGAAACCGGAGAGGUAGCCGCUGAGCUGGCCAGCAGACUACAGAAACUGGAGGACGAAAUGCAAGACAGGCCAACCCCCCAGUGUAUCGUAGCCCCUGAUGCUAGCCAAGCACCCCCACAACCGAGUAGUCGGAACAUGGCACAACCCCCUCUAGCAACCUGUGCACUGCCCAGGCCCAAUCAGGCCGGCCCCACACCCGCCGACACAGGUCAGUUUACUCCUCCAUCGAACAGUCAGUUCCUAGAGCCUCGUCCUAGUCUCAUGCCCCGGCCGGUAGCCCCGUACGUAGAGGAGACCACCUUUCCGAACUUCACUAAAGAGGAUAGAUCUCAGUACACAGAACUGCGUAUGUGCCUGGAGACUCUUCUUACUGCCUCCCAGGAUGAGAGGUACAAAUAUGCCCUCCUGUUGAGGCACGUCAAGGUCCCACGUGCUCACAACAUAGCCUUAGCAUACGCUCACUCUACCACGCCCUACUCAGAUGCACUAGCUGCCCUCGACGACCGCUAUGGGCGGCCUUGGGACUUUGUCCUUCAGGAACUCAGAGAAAUAGAAAAGCUCCCACCAGUCAAAGAUGACAGAGCCCUUGACGACCUGUCCGUCAGAGUGCAGUCCCUAGUAGGGAUGCUCCAGUCUCAACAGCAGAAAGGGUUUUGUGAGCUCUAUGCCAGCUCCAAUGUGGAGCGAAUCUUGAACAAACUCCCGAAGUUCAGACAGGAGAGGUUCAGGCGGCAGCGAAAUCACCUCCCGGCGUCUCAACCCGAUCUAUCCCUGAUUGACCUUUCAAACUUCCUUAGAACGGAGGUUCGGAAUCUGGGUAUAGACCCAUCCUUACGGGGCGGCUCGGAUCCUCGAGAUGGAGGAAAAAGG